AUGCAUAAACUGAUCCUCUGCUGUCUCAUUCUCGUCAGCUUYUCCUGCCCUCUCUCAUCUCUCCCCAUCCUCAAUGCCAGUGAGAUGUCUUAUCARCUCUCAGCUGAUGAAGAUUCGAGGUUAAACGUGGACAGGUUGGGCACCCUUGGGAGCUCCUCCCUGCUCCAGCUCCUGCCAGAGCUCCUGGGAACACUGAGCGAGGAGAACAAAGCAGGUCUUACCUCCAGCAACUACAACCCAGGAGAAAAUAUCAAAGAGACUUUCUAUGGGAAUCAUCCUCGAAUUGCUUUGCUGGGACGCUUCUUGACCAAGGACAGGAAACAGUACAAGAAACGUGGGAAUCUUUCUGAGUGCUUCUGGAAAUACUGUGUGUGA